AUGGGCGUUAUCAUCUCCACCCUCGCGGCCCUAACGAAAAGCAUCAGAAAGCCUCGCCGCGACAAGAAGACUUCGGACGAAGCAGAGCAACAGCAACGGCAAUCAUUACCUCACCAGCAGCAACAGGAUCCAGGUGUGCGCGACGCGCAGCCUGCUGUGGGAUCUACGGGCGCGGCUCCUACUUUAACAGGUGGAGUAGCAGAGGCUCAGAGAGCCGUUGGGAUAGCGUCUGCUAUUCCAGUAGCAGAGGGCGGCAUUGGGACAGGCAGCACUGCAAGAGCUGGAGGUUUACUCUCUGCGGUGCUACAAAAGAAGUCGAGUAAUAUUGGGACUGAGAGGUUCUUCCACAGUACCUACCCGCCAGCGGCAUCGAAUAUUCCUCCUACGACGACGGCGGGAAAAUCCAUAACUCGCAGUAAAGGAGACAAUACGGGCAAGAUGGCUUCAGAUGAAGAUUACGCGGCGUUCUUGGAUAAGGCAAAUCAAGAUCCCAAUGAAGGCGUGACGAAGCAGAGCAGAAGUAGCGGGAAGAUUGAAUUAAAGGCUGUGGAUGAGGGUGUCAAAGUUCCCUCUUGUUUGAGCAAGGCUACGGAGGAUGUUUUUUAUGUUAGCGAUGCAGAUGAACCGUUCGUGCCGGUUGCGUUGAAGUAUGGUGGGAAGGCGUUGCCCGAUGAAGUUACCUUUGCGAAGUUAGUCAGUCAUCCGAGUCCUAAGGAGGCAGAUGUCGAAAUACUGGAUGUUGGCAAUUGGGAUAAGCAAGGGCAGUAUAAGGAGGUUGUGGAGGCCACGAGGGAGGCAAGUAAAGGAAGUGAUGUGAGAGUAUAUCGGAUUAGUCGGGGCGGCUCAAGGAUUGAAUAUUGGAUUGUCGGACUUGAAGCUGGGAUUCUUGUGGGUGCUAAGGCUUUGGCAAUUGAGAGUUGA